GCGCGGUGCACCACAGUAAAAGCUUAUUCAAAUAAUCAGUUAAUUAAUCGACAUGUGCCUGUGGCUUAUAACUACCUGUCUAGGCCUCUUGCCUGUGCAUCCUGCUCCUCCCAAUGUGAUUGUAGUGCAAGGGGUUCCCACUCCUAUUCUUCAGCCUACCACUGCGGCGACGACUGCAGCAACGACGGCCGCGCCAAGCACUACCACGACAACAACAACUACACGACCUGUAAAUAUGACGUCACCACCACCUCCGACAACGAUGCCAACCACCACGAUGACUACAGCCGCGCCUACUACCGCAACAACAACUGCGCCUACCACCGCAACAACAGCUGCGCCUACCACGGCAACAACAGCUGCACCUACCACGACAACAACAGCUGCUCCUACAACAACCUCGGCCGCAUCCACUGCUGCCCCCACCACAAUGUCCACCGCUGCAACCACAGGCUCUCUCCCCAUAGAUCCCAGGCUCGGCACCACACCGGGUGCCUCCGGAGCGAUACAAGCGCCACCGAUAUCUGGAUAUAGUGGCCAAAUGCCGUCCUACGAUACGGCAGUAAGAUUCCCACGACAGCGCCGGAGUGUACAGCUCAGUUUGAAGGAUUUAUACGACGAUUUUCGUAGCGAUGUUACACUAAGUAACCACAAUAUCCGCAAGAGACAGAGUUGCAGAUGUGUGUCUGCCGGCACCUGUAUCCGAACUUCUUCUGGUGCCGGAAUGAUAGACAUAAGAAUUGUCAGCCCGGGUUCAACCCAAUGCCCAACAGGGCAAGAAUACUGCUGCGGCAGUACAACUACGAUCGCAUGCGGCACAUUGCAGACUGUGCCAUCCACUGGUGUCACGCCAGCCGCUGGUCAAGCGAACUUUGGAGAAUUUCCUUGGCAGGCUUUAAUCUUGACUUUACAAAAUGAUUACAUUGCCGGUGGCGUUCUGAUAGACCAAUUGAACGUUAUAACAGUCACUCAUAGAUUGUUGCCUUACAUUGUUUCAGGAACAGCACCUAAUCUUAAAGUCCGUCUUGGCGAGUGGGACGCGGCCGGGACUUACGAACCUGUACCUUUCCAAGAGUAUACAAUACGGAAGGUAUUCAGUCACCCCUCGUACAAUCCUAACACGCUACAAUAUGAUUUGACGGUUCUGAGAUUGAACGCCCCCGUGCCAUUUUCACCGGCUACUGGUUCCGCGACUACAAUCAACAGGGCCUGCCUACCCCCGAACUCCAAUUCUGUGUACACUGGAAUCAGAUGCAUGGUGUCAGGGUGGGGUAAAGACAUGUUCGGCAUGUCGGGGCAGUACCAGCAGAUCAUGAAGAAGGUGGACGUGCCGGUGGUGGCAGCGGCGACGUGCCAGUCGCAGCUGCAGGCGGCAAGACUCGGACCUACCUUCGUCCUCGACACCACCUCUUUUGUCUGCGCCGGAGGUGAAGCUAACAAGGAUGCCUGUACCGGCGACGGUGGUUCGGGGCUGGUGUGCCCGGUGAACGGACAGUGGGUGGUGGUAGGGUUGGUGUCGUGGGGAUUGGGCUGCGCCAGCGCCAACGUCCCCGCGGCCUACGUCAACGUCGCCGCCUUGCUGCCCUGGAUACAGCAGCAAGUCGCCGCGGCUUAGUCACUUAACGACUUGACGGUACUCAUACC